CUAGUGACAGGCUCUACUGUCUCAUUCACCUCGUGGCCUCUGUUGCUUCAUAAACCUCACUAUCACUUUAUAAAAUCUUUUUUCUUUGUUUUUCAGUUUUGUUAUUAAAAUCAAGGAAGGAGUAAACCAACUUCUUCACUCUCUUCUCCCAUGGCCUCCCUCAUCGAAUCUUGCUGGCUGUAUUUGAUCACGCAUUUCAGCGAUUUUCAGUUGGCAUGUCUUGGAAGUUUCUUUCUUCAUGAAAGCAUCUUCUUCUUGUCUGGUAUUCCUUUCAUAUAUCUUGAAAGGGCUGGAUGGCUGAAAAAGUACAAAAUCCAGAUGAAAAACAACACUCCUGCAUCUCAAGAGAAAUGUAUUAUUCGCCUACUUUUAUAUCAUUUUGGUGUUAACCUACCAGUUAUGCUGGCCUCCUAUCCUGUCUUCAGACACAUGGGCAUGCAAAGUAGUCUUCCAUUCCCGUCCUGGAAUGUAAUUCUAACGCAGAUAACAUUCUACUUCAUCCUGGAAGAUUUUAUAUUCUACUGGGGACAUCGGAUUUUACACACAAAAUGGCUGUACAAGCAUGUGCACAGUGUUCAUCAUGAAUAUGCUACACCAUUUGGAUUAACUUCUGAAUAUGCUCACCCUGCUGAAAUACUGUUCCUUGGCUUUGCUACCAUUAUUGGUCCUGCCAUCACUGGGCCCCAUCUGCUUACUUUGUGGUUAUGGAUGGUACUAAGGGUCCUGGAGACGGUUGAAGCACAUUGUGGUUAUCAUUUCCCAUGGAGCCUCUCCAACUUCUUACCUUUGUAUGGAGGUGCUGAUUUUCAUGACUACCAUCACCGGUUGCUGUAUACUAAAUCUGGAAACUACUCAUCUACUUUCACCUACAUGGACUGGAUAUUCGGUACCGAUAAAGGUUACAGAAAGUUGCAAGCAUUGAAGAAUGCUGGAGUGGAAAAUGGCGGCAAGCAAAUGUAAUGUAGAGAAGAUUCUUUUAUAUUAGCUUGACAUCAGAUAAUUUGUUCCUGGUAUGAGGGAAUCUUUGAGAAGUCUUGUGUCCCGGCCUUUUCUCUUUGUGCAACCACCACCUGUGUUUAGUCGAUGCUCAUGUUACAGCAUGUCAAUAUACUGUGAAUCAAUGGAAAGCUUUUUCCAGACAUUUUGUGCUCAUAUGUUCCCUGCAUGAAUGGAGUUGCUGUCUUAUUUAAA